UGUUGUUAAGGUCUUUUAUUAUUGCGCACAAUCAAAAAGGUGCCCAUUAUUUUUAAACCCCCGUGCGCUCAUUACAGGACCGGUUUUAAAUGGCGAAUAGUUCCCGUUCGGGAUCAGGCUGGAGAAUUACCGGCACAUAUUCGUCCAGCAGGGAUUCUCCGUCCAGCUCGGAUUCCUCGUCCAGCUCCGAUUCGUCGACAGGCUUUAGCGUUAUCCGUGGGCGCAUCAAUAUUAUCGCCAGUACUUCAACCUCGAGUCCAAACACUGUAAGCUUCAGCGAAGCCUGGACCUCAAGAGGCACACGUGCAGCAAAAGCAAAAGCCUCGAAUACCAAGUCUUCAGAAGAAUCUCCGCUAGACAAUCAAGCCGUACCCUUCAACUGUCCUGUGUGUCUGGAAGAUGUGCGUAAAGGGGUGCCGGUGUCGACGACUUGCGGCCACAUCUUUUGCAAAAGCUGCAUUCAAAAAGCCAUCAGCAUUUCGUUAAAGUGCCCAAUUUGCAAUGUGUCAUCUCCUCAAUUUCAUCGAAUUUACAUCUAAGACAAAAGUAAGGCAGGCAACAUAUGAUAAUAAAGUAUAGGUUACCAAGAGGUUG